UCGAGGGUGCAUCGUGGCGGAAUGCCUGCUAGAUUUUCAUCUAGACAAUCUUCAUGCAUUAAUUGAGUCACAGAACAUGUUUAUCGAAGCAUGUGUCCGCCACGCACUGCUACCACCCAUUACCUGGCUCGUACCACCUGCACCUGCGAUGCCGCUACGCCAGUGAGUGACAUGAUUCCUUGUACAGCUUUUUUCUCGUCUCAUUUUCACACCCUUCUUUCUGGACUUCAGACUGUUAGGUAGAUUCUUCAGCCUUUUUGCAUGUCUGGUUUCUCCAACGUCACCCCCGCCACUACUCUUUUUUUCUCCCUUUAGCCCAAAGCAGCACAUACACAUGUCAAUGUCCUUCCAAUGACCCAAGGAUCCUAGUAACUCGCCUUCAGACCACCUUACAUGGCGAACGAUACCUCAUCUGUGCCACACCAUGGCACUGUAUCCAAUGGCCGGACCAACAGCCAUGCUGACAACACCAGCCUCGAUGACUAUGACUCAAAGGCCCUUGAAAAUGCAGUCACGUCGACUGAGUCAAUUCCAACUCAUCCUUUGGGAGUGAAACCGCUGGGCAACCAGUAUCUCUCGGACCGUCCGAACGCUCGGAAAGACAUCGGGUACCUGAAAAUUUUGCCCGAUGAGGCUCUUAUGCUCCUUUUGGAGUAUCUCGACGAGGAUCGUCUUCGAAAUCUUGGCUACACAUCCAGGUUCCUCUACGCAUUCUGCCGGUCGGAUGAUUUGUGGAAGACGCUAUUCCUUCAAUCUCACAGCUCAGGAAGAUUCGAGGGCAAAUGGCAGGGAUCUUGGAGGGCUACCCAGUUGAAGCUCUCGUCAGAGCAACAAGCAGUCAUUGACUGCAAUAAUGUCUUCUCUGACGUUCUACACAGACCCUUUGUCUGCAGCCAUGUAGACUUGAAGCAGUUCACCUCAAGGAUACCAACUCGCAAUAUGAUUCGGCGCAUGGAAACGCUGACCUACGAGGACUUUUCUGAAAACUGGACCGAUACCCCUUUUGUUCUAACCAAAUACAUCCAAAAAUGGCCUGUUUGCCACGGAUGGACUAUCGAUACCAUAUCGAAACACUACCACGAUGUAGAAUUUCGCGCAGAGGCUGUUGACUGGCCCUUUUCGACAUACAACGAGUAUAUGAACAAUAACGAUGACGAGAGUCCUCUCUAUCUAUUCGACAAAAAGUUCGCCGAAAAGAUGAAGAUCACGAUUGGCCAAGAGGAGGGGGCAGCUUAUUGGAAGCCCGAGUGCUUUGGUCCGGAUUUGUUCGAGCUUCUGGGAAAGGAACGACCUGCCCAUCGCUGGCUCAUCAUCGGGCCUGAACGGAGUGGAUCAACUUUCCACAAGGACCCCAACGGUACGAGUGCAUGGAACGCGGUGAUCCAAGGUGCGAAAUAUUGGAUCAUGUUUCCACCCACGGCCAUGGUUCCAGGAGUGAUUGUCUCGCAGGACAGCAGCGAGGUCACUAGCCCCUUGAGCAUCGCAGAAUGGCUUCUCGAGUUUCAUGCAGAAGCCCGUCGGUCACCCGACUGCGUCGAGGGUAUCUGCCAAGAGGGGGAAAUUCUAUAUGUGCCUAGUGGAUGGUGGCAUCUAGUGGUCAAUUUGGAGAGCGGAAUCGCACUGACCCAAAACUUUGUACCGAGCAACCAGCUCUCCGAAGUCAUUUCAUUCUUAAGGGACAAGCCAGACCAGGUUUCUGGCUUCAAGCAAGAGGUAGCUGAUCCAUACGCAUUGUUCAUCGAGCGACUGCGCCAAGAACAGCCAGAAUUGCUAGAGCAGGCCCUCCUGCUUUUGGAGAAGAAGAGCAUCCAGAAAAAGAGGAAGUGGGAGGAAGCAGUAGGCGGAGGCCAGGCAGAGGCCAACGGAGGUGGCUUCAGCUUCGGGUUCGGGGAUGACCUGGAUGAUGAUGAAAUUCCUUGAGCAGCCUAUUGUAGAUGACAAUAUGGCAUGGUAGAGCAUGACGAUUUU